AUGGUGCAGACGUCAACGGAUCGGCGACAAAGGGCACUCCCCUUCUACAAGCCGCAGAAAAACGGGCAAGUGGAAAUUGCACGGCUUCUAUUGGAAGCUGGAGCAAAAUUUGACGUAUGCUCUCGCGAUGAUAAACGAAAUCCUCUUACCGAAGCUUCCAACAACGGGCACAGGUAUAUUGUGGACCUGCUCCUACGGAACCAUGCAAAUGUCGAUCGGCAAACGCGGAUUGGGAGCGCGCUUCUGGCAGCAGCGCGAGAGGGGCAUACUUCAGUUGUGCGGCUAUUGCUAGAGCACGGGGCUGACUACGAAGCUACGCACAAUCUACCUUCAUUACACACUAUUAGGUUGUGGCUGGAUUAUUAUGCGCCCAGAAACGGCGACGAUCCUCUCACUGGUGCCUCAACAUUUGGUCACACAGAGGUAGUGCGGCUAUUCUUGGAAUAA